UUAAGUGAUAUUCCCGAGCGAAUAAAUCAGUAGCUAAGGUGCCGCAAAUCAUGUUAAAAUUAAAAGUUAAACGUUAUCGCGGCGAAGAAGACGAAGACGACUAUAUCGACGAGCAGGAUUUUCACGAGGGCACAGCGACUACCACAACAGUUGGUGUAGAUAAAGAUGAGAUAGAACCCAAGUCGCUGGUGAAGUCGGAGAUUAGUGACAGACUGAGCUGGCUUGGGAAGACUGCUGAAGGACAUGGAUACGCUUACCUAAAAGCGACAUGCACCGAUAUGAAACUCACGGAAAUUUCUGCCAUAAAGACAUUCAAAUAUUUGCUGUUUGUUGACUUUUCGCAAAACUACCUUACCAUCGAAGCGUUGCAGGUGGUCACUGAGAUACCAUUUCUGCUACUCAUUAAGGCAGAUAAAAACAAGCUGAUUUCAGCCAGACUGAAACGACACAAGCACCUGCAAGUCAUCGUUAUGAGCUACAACAAUAUAAGUACAGUUAUGGAUGUGUUCCAUCCUCAGCUGAGUACUUUGGAAGUAGGAUAUAAUAACAUUCAAGAGAUAAAGUUUCGACGCCCAAUGCCGACUCUACGAGUACUAGACUUCCGAUACAAUUUUAUCCGGGAACUGACCGAUAUGGACUAUCCUAACCUCGACAGUUUGUACUUGGCUGGGAACAAAAUAACUAAACUGACCGGGAUAGACCGACUGCAGAAUCUGAGGAUAUUACAUGUACGGAACAAUCCUAUAAAGUACCUGAAGGGAUUCGAGACUGAACUGCCGAAACUUCAGUAUUUGAACCUGCGCAACUGCAAGAUUGCGACGAUCAAGCAGAUCAAGAAAUUACGAGAGCAGAAGGCUUUAGAGACCCUGAUCUUGAAGGGUACACCGUACAUGGGCGGCACGGGGAAGGAAGGUCCCGAGGCUGCUGAUGAGGAGGAAGACGCAGAAUCGAGGAUAGAAGUACUGGCGUCGCUACAAAGACUUCAAAGACUGAAUAAAACGCCCUUUACGGAAGAGGAGAGACAAGAAGCCAAAGACCUGAUGACACAAUGGCUGGAAGAAGGCGAGAAGGAUGAUGAAGAAGAAGUUGCUGAAGAAGGGGAGGGUGAAGGUGAAGAAGAAAUGGGGACAGAAGGGCCUUAAACUGGUGUUGAUAGACCAAUCUAAAUAUUCACCAUACCUACUACAGCCCUAUGGCAAGGCGCUUAUCUACAUACGCGGAUUUCAUUCAACUAAUAGAGACCUUAUAGCAUCUAUUGAAUGGACUUUCUACAGCAAAUGCCAACCUUGGG